CGUCCACUCAACUCUCCUCCUUCCUCUACCUCUCACCUUCCCCCUUCUCCUCCUUCCUCACAGAUCGCUAAUUACAUAAAUUAACACCGCGCCGGCUCCAUUUUCCCCCCUCCGCCGGCUCUGCCUCUCCUCCGCUUCCCGCGUUCCGGCUGGGAUCCUUCUCACCUCCCGGAACUCGAUCCCCAAUCCCCUCAUCCCCUCUCCCCUGUUUCCGAUCUCGUCGAAUAAGGAAAAAGCAGAGGGGAUUCUAUAAAGAUGAAGGCUUUAAUCCUUGUUGGGGGGUUCGGAACAAGAUUGAGGCCAUUGACCCUCAGUGUUCCAAAGCCUCUUGUUGACUUUGCAAACAAACCCAUGAUUCUGCACCAGAUCGAGGCUCUCAAGGCAAUUGGAGUAACUGAGGUGGUUUUGGCCAUCAAUUACCAGCCAGAGGUGAUGCUGAACUUCUUGAAGGAUUUUGAGGCAAAGCUUGGUAUCAAGAUUACCUGCUCGCAGGAGACGGAGCCACUUGGCACUGCUGGCCCUCUGGCUCUUGCUAGGGACAAGCUGAUGGAUAAAUCCGGCGAACCAUUUUUUGUCCUCAACAGUGAUGUUAUCAGCGAGUAUCCUCUCAAGGAAAUGAUAGCAUUCCACAAAUCCCAUGGAGGAGAGGCUUCUAUUAUGGUCACCAAGGUCGAUGAGCCAUCAAAAUAUGGGGUGGUGGUUAUGAAUGAAGCCACAGGGCAUGUCGACAAAUUUGUGGAAAAGCCAAAGAUAUUCGUUGGCAACAAAAUCAAUGCCGGAAUCUACCUCUUGAACCCAUCUGUUCUGGACCGAAUCCAGCUGAGGCCCACCUCGAUCGAGAAGGAAGUCUUCCCGAAGAUAGCUGCAGACAAGAAGCUCUUUGCCAUGGUUCUGCCAGGGUUCUGGAUGGACAUCGGGCAGCCGAGAGACUACAUCACAGGGUUGAGACUCUACCUAGAAUCUCUGAGGAAGAAAUCUUCAGUCAAGUUGGCCACUGGUUCACACAUAGUCGGUAAUGUACUGGUGGACGAGACAGCAAAGAUUGGUGAAGGGUGUUUGAUUGGUCCAGAUGUCGCGAUAGGACCAGGGUGUGUGGUUGAAGCUGGGGUUAGAUUGUCUCGUUGCACGGUGAUGCGUGGGGUUCGCAUAAAGAAGCAUGCGUGCAUUUCAAGCAGUAUCAUUGGCUGGCACUCGACAGUCGGGCAGUGGGCUCGUGUCGAGAACAUGACCAUCUUAGGGGAGGAUGUGCAUGUGUGCGACGAGAUUUACAGCAAUGGAGGUGUUGUUCUACCGCACAAGGAGAUCAAGUCGAGUAUUUUGAAACCGGAGAUUGUGAUGUGACAAACAAAAAAUAUGAGGCAGGUAGUAGUGAAGAGUGAAAUUCAUGGUUUUUGGGGGGAGGUGUAGAAUUAAUGUAUGUUCUCUAGAGUUGGUCUGAGAUGGAAGGGGAGAUUUUCCAGUCCAGCUGGAAAGAAAUGUACCUUGUUUCUCCAUCUUUUUUCUUUUUGUUCAAUUGGGUUUCAAUAUCUAUUGCCCUUUGUCCCAUACAGAAGUGUAAAAGUCAGUUUGUGGGAGUUGGAAGUUUGUUGUGAGUUGUCAUCUUGGCUUUUUGCCAAAUAGAAAUGUGAUGCAAAUCAUGUGUGAGCAAAUUUGUAUUUGUGGGAUGGAAUGUGUAGAGAAAUAAAUUCCAGAUCUUCAGUUUGGUGCCAAAGAUUUAUGUCUCUUUCCUUGCU